AUGAAGUUUAUCGUUUUGUGUACACUUCUUGUUGCGGCCGCUGCUCAGGAGUCCACUUACAAUAACCGAUACGAUAAUAUCGAUGUAGAUGAGAUUCUUAAAUCGGAUCGCCUGUUCAAAAACUACUUCAACUGCCUGAUGGAUGCCGGUCCGUGUACUCCGGAAGGAAACGACUUGAAGAAAUACCUGCCGGAUGCGUUGGAAACUGGAUGCAGCAAGUGUACCGAAAAGCAAAGAGAAACCGGAAACAAAGUCAUCGCCUGGCUGAUCGAGAACCGCCCAACGGAGUGGACCAUGCUGAAGAGCAAAUACGACCCGGAUAACAAGCUGACCGAACGAUACCGGGAAAUCGCUGCUGAGGCUGGGAUUGCGCUUUGA